GAAUAGAAAGAAGUUUGGACCUGUUUGUUUGAGGAGCGAGAAAAGAGGAGGAAACAAUGGGCGAGGUAUCUGAAACGAUGACGAAGAAGAAGAAGAAGGGACGCCCAUCUCUUUUGGAUCUUCAAAAGCGAUCUCUCAAAAAACAACAACAACAUCAUCAACAACAACAACAACAACAAAACCCGAAUUUAAUCAAUUCGUAUCCUCACGCUGUUCCACAAGAUGACGACGAAGACGAGCGCAAAGAGAAGAAGCACAAGCUCUUGGUUGGUUUGAAUUCCCAUCUCCGUCACCAUCCAACAUUAUCGCCAUUCAAUUCUUUCCCACACGGCGAUCCCGAUGCCACCAACAAGAGGCCCAAGAUUGAAACGGAUGGAAAGGUUCCGAAAGCGACUGACAGUAAACAUGGUAAUGAGGGUUCACAGGGGGAGUCCGGUCCCACUACACCUUUGCCAGACAAAAAGCUCUUGCUGUUUAUCCUUGACAGACUUCAAAAAAAGGACACACACGGGGUAUUCUCUGAGCCUGUGGAUCCAGAAGAGCUUCCAGAUUAUCAUGAUAUCAUUAAACACCCGAUGGAUUUUGGAACUGUGAGGAAGAAAUUGGAUGGGAGACUAUAUACAAACUUAGAACAAUUUGAGAAGGACAUGCUCUUGAUAUGCUCUAAUGCGAUGCAAUAUAAUUCACCAGAUACUAUUUACUAUCGACAGGCCCGAGCAAUGCAAGAGAUGGCACAGAAGGACUUUGAGAAUCUGAGACAAGAUAGUGAUGAUGAUAGUGAACCACAACCCAAAAUUGUGCAGAGAGGAAGGCCACCAGGCAAGCACACAAGAAAGCCACUGGGCAUGUCUCCUUCAGAACGUGUUGGUCCUGAAUCUUCCUCUGAUGCAACUCUUGCUUCUGCUGGGGAUAUUGCUUGUGCUUCCAGUGGUUAUAAUCUAAGAAAAGCACUAAGCAAAUUUCAGCCUACAGAUUCAUCAGCCAGGGCAUCCCACAGCAAUUUUAACAGUGGAGGUUAUACUAGUUGGUCGUCUGAAUGGGAGAAUGAAUUUCCUGCUUCUGUUGUAAAAGCUGUGUUAAGGUAUGGAAAGAAGCAGUUUAUGGUCGAUGAGACCAGGCGUGACACUUACAAAAAUCCAGUUGCUGUAGGAAAUAAACCACCACCAGUAUUGGCCGCAGUUGAAGAUGAAUUCAAGCAACUUCUUGCAGUAGGUUUACAUGCGAAGCAUAGCUAUGCAAGAAGCCUAGCUCAUUUUGCUGCAGAUCUUGGUCCUAUUGUUUGGAAGAUUGCUGCAAGGAAAAUCAGUAGUGUGUUGCCAAUAGGACAUGAAUUUGGUCCUGGAUGGGUAGGUGAAGAUGAAGUGUCACAGAAGCAACACUUCCCAGUUUAUGAUGAGGAGGGAACUUCAGACCCCACUGUACCAGAGGAUUAUAAAAGUAGAUUUCCUUCUCCAUCUGGAUCGUUCCCUCUUGCAAAUAGAUCAUGCUUGCGAAGUGGAGACAUGGUAAUAAAUAGAGAAUUGAAUUACCAAAAUGACUUGAAUCCAGUCAACAGUGUUAGUGGUGGAAUAGAAUCCAUGACUCCUUUGAGGAAUCAGCGGGAACCCAUGGUGCACUCUGAUGAUUUUGGUUCAAAUGGUCAGUUAGGUUCUAAUUUUUCAUCUCAAAUGAAGAUGGUAAGACUUGCUGACUUAACUGGGUCGCCGAGUGGGGGGAAUGUUCCUCAAAUGUUUGACAUGGAUCACCUAAGCAGCCUUACCAGCCCCGUUGCACCUACAAAUAUUAAUACUCCUUUUAAGGCCCAGUUCUUAAACAAGUUAAGCCAAUCAGACUCCAGUAAUUUAUUGGCCUGGGAAUCUGGAUUUGAGUCGCAAAGAUUGUCUCAAGGCCUUGCGGGAAAAUCAUCUUGGCAGGGAUUGCAAGUUCCCACAAAACAGAAUUCCUUUUUACUUGCUAAUGACUUAAAUGGGAACAUUGGAACAACAAAUUCACCUAGUUCCAAUGUGGAGUCUGGUUCUCAACUGCAGCCAAAUUUGGCAUUGCAGCUCUGA